AAAUCUCGUCUCGUUCACGCGACCACUGCUUCAGAAUCAAGAUGGCUGCCCACAGUGCUGUGCUCUCUAUGUCCAAAAUCUUUAAUCCUUUCUGGGGUGGACGCCUCGGAAACACGGUCAAAGUAUUUGGGACAUCUCUGACAAGUCACAGGAAUAAGGGCUCGCGUAGUGGAGAUAACAUUCCCCCUCCUGCAAAGUAUGGAGGCAGACACACUGUGACCUUCAUACCUGGAGAUGGAAUCGGCCCAGAGCUGCUCAAUCAUGUCAGAGAGGUGUUCAGGUUUAGCUGCGUCCCGGUGGACUUCGAGGUGGUGCACGUCAAUUCUGCUGAUGAGUCGGAGGAUGAUAUCAACAAUGCCAUCACUGCCAUUCGCCGUAAUGGAGUUGGCCUCAAAGGUAACAUUGAAACCAUACACACCAUGGCACCAUCUGUCAAAUCCAGAAAUAAUCUCCUACGCACAAGCUUAGACCUGUAUGCCAAUGUGAUGCACUGCCAGUCCCUCCCCGGAGUCCAGACUCGCCACAAGAACAUCGACAUCAUGAUCAUCAGGGAGAACACAGAGGGAGAGUACAGCAGUCUGGAGCAUGAGAGUGUAUCAGGGGUAGUGGAGUGUCUGAAGAUCAUCACCAGAACCAAUUCCCUCAGGAUCGCUGACUAUGCCUUCAAACUGGCCCGGGAGAAAGGUCGUAGCAGGGUCACAGCCGUACACAAGGCUAACAUCAUGAAGCUGGGUGAUGGCUUGUUCCUGCAGUGCUGCAGAGAAGUGGCCUCUGGUUACCCAGACAUCACCUUUGACAGCAUGAUUGUGGACAACACCACCAUGCAGCUGGUGUCCAAGCCCCAGCAGUUUGAUGUGAUGGUGAUGCCUAACUUGUACGGGAAUGUGGUGAGCAACGUGUGUGCCGGCCUGGUGGGAGGGCCUGGCCUCGUGCCAGGGGCCAACUAUGGGCUUAACUAUGCUGUCUUUGAAACGGCCACAAGGAACACAGGGAAGAGUAUCGCAGGAAGGAACAUUGCCAACCCCACCGCCAUGCUGCUGGCCGGCUGCAUGAUGCUGGACCACCUCAAGCUUUAUGACUACGCGACAAUGAUCCGAAAUGCAAUCCUCUCCACCAUGAAUGAAACCAGGUUGCACACAGCUGAUAUCGGGGGUCAGGGCACCACAUCUGAGGUGGUCCAGUCCAUCAUGAGGAACAUCCAGAGUAAAGGGCCGCUCACAGCUUAGCGUUAAACACACACACACACACACACACACACACACAGGUGUGUGUUCGAACAGGUUAUCCAUGCGUGUCUGUUUUUCUUGUUCACACGGCUUACUGUACAAACAUCUUUUUGACCACUCCUUUGUGUUCCACAUAUAAUAAUGAACGGUUUACUUUUGAUAAAAUAUCAAUACUUUUUAUUUUAUUGGUUGAUGCAUCCUGCUAUAAGGACAUUUGCUCAGUUCAUCAGCAUCAUUUAUUGAAAAUGUAGUCUUACAAAAUGUUUUUAAACAUGAAAAGGCCUCUUUUUCCUGUAUGAAUGUUGGCCUGAUAUGUUGGGAUCAGACAUAUUUAAAAUAUACUCAUAUGUAUUGUCCUCCCUCCAAAGAUAAUCCUUAUUUAUUUUCCAUAUUACAACUAUGUUAUUGCCUUUUCAGUCAACCAACAUGUGCUAUGUGCUUCAUUUAUUGCUCACCUUUUCUUUGUCUUACUGUCACUCAAAUGUCAAGUUGCCUAAAAUGUCAUGUGUUCACAUCAGAUCAACUGUACUAUGAAAAUGGUGAUGUAGUUAUUUCAUUUAUAUACUGUAUCGAAUAAGGUGUACAUUGAGUUAAAUAACUUUUAACCAUAUCACACAAAUGUGCUGUUGUCUUUGUCUCACCAGACAAGAGCUCGUUUUACCAUACUGUAACUGUGGCGGGUAUACACAGUGUGUUUGACAAAAUCAUCAAGAAAAUAAAGAAAUCUGCUUUAUCGUGA